CGAAAUUGUGAUAUAUAUUCGGUCCACAUUCACAGGCCUUUGAAGAAACACGCACAUUUCACGCCGGGUAGGGCAAGGGACCUCGUGGUGUGGAUUCACUUUUAGGUUAAGUUUGUGUAACACAAAAUUCAAGACAAAGUAUCUGGUCAUAUGCACUAGUCGUGCGACCAACCUUCAUUUUCAACAUUCGUUGAAAUCAAAGCCUAAUAAAAAAAAAAAGAAAUUGUGAUAUGUAUAUAGACAUCCCCUAAUAAGUUGGCAGCAUCAACAUUCUGUCUUGCGAAGCUUGUUAAUUAAGAAUGUGCCUACUUCGGAUUAUACCAAAUAAACUGUCUUUUUUCAUAUUUUAAAAGCAAAAUCGAUCGUCUUUAAAAAUAAUAAUAAUUUUAAUAUUGCCGUAGACAACGUUUUCGCUGAAAAAUGUGUCACAAUGGCAAGUGUCAUUCUGUAUAAUUAAGUGAUUAUAGGGCCAUUCGCUUUGAGACGCGUGCAUCUUGGCGACAAUUUAAAAACUUGUUGAGUAGACCAUAAUCAUUGCGUGUUCUGAAGUCUGAUCGGGAACACGUUUAGAUUCUCCCUGAUAGGAAAACCUCCGCGAUGGCAACUGUUUUUCAUGGAACUAUCGUGCAUACCAAGUCCUUCAACGAAUUUGAGUCCUUUGAAAAUGGAUUCCUGGCAGUGGAUGACGGCGGAAAGAUAAUAGGUGUGGGCCAUGACUUUCAGCAGUGGGUGUCCAGCAACCCGGUCAGGACCAAGGAUUUGGCCGAGGUUCGGCUGACGGAUUACCAGUUCCUCAUGCCGGGCUUCGUCGACUGCCACAUACACGCCCCGCAGUUCGCACAAGUGGGCCUGGGGCUUGACAUGCCUCUUCUGGACUGGUUGAACAAGUACACCUUCCCGCUGGAGGCUAAGUUUUCCGACCACCUUUACGCCCAACAGGUCUACCAAAGCGUUGUCCAAGCAACGCUGCGCUGCGGAACCACCCUGGCGUCCUAUUUCGCCACGAACCACCUGGAGUCGACGCUGAUCUUGGCGCGCGAGGCGGUGCGCCAAGGUCAGCGGGCGCUCGUUGGCAAGGUCUGCUCGAACUGCAACAGCCCCGAUUUCUACGUGGAGACUGCGGAGGAGUCGGCCAGCGCUACUCUGGCGUUCGUGCAGGAAAUGCGCAAGCUCGGAAGUUCCCUUGUGCUGCCCACAAUCACGCCCCGCUUCGCCCUCAGCUGCAGCAAGGAACUGUUAAAGGAUCUGGGCGAUAUAGCGAAGCGAUUCGAUCUGCACGUCCAGAGCCACAUCAGCGAAAAUCUGGCAGAGAUCGAGGUGGUGAAGGGGAUCUUCAAGACUAGUUACGCCGGAGCUUACGACGAGGCUGGACUCCUGACCAACAAGACGGUAAUGGCGCAUGGCGUACAUCUCGAGGACGACGAGGUUGAACUCCUUAAAUCUCGCGGAUGCUCGGUGGCACAUUGUCCUGCAUCAAACACGAUGCUCAGCUCAGGUCUAUGCGACGUUCAGCGGCUGGUUACCAACGGCGUCACCGUGGGCCUGGGCACAGACGUUUCGGGUGGAAACUCUGUUUCAAUUCAGGACGCCCUGCUACGCGCGUUGGACGUGUCUAAGCACCUGGACUUCUUCAAGAAGCAGAACAUUCGCGGAACGGGGGAGGCCAAAAAACAAGAUCCGAACUACGUCCAGCUAAAGUACAAACAGGCACUCUACUUGGCCACGUUGGGCGGAGCCAAGGCGCUCUCCCUGGACCACCUGACUGGAAACUUCGUCUUCGGAAAGGAGUUUGAUGCCCUUUUAGUGGACGUAAGCGUUGUAGACAAUCCGGUGCGGAAGCUGAAUGUCGACGAGCUGGUGGAGAAGUUUAUUUACACCGGUAGUGAUCGCAAUAUUUUGGAGGUUUUUGUCGCCGGCAAGUCUAUUAAAAAAGGAUGUCAGUUGGAAUAAAGCAGCUAGAAUUUCAACAGCGUCAUCUCACAGGAAAACGUAAGGAUAUUUUAUUUUUAUAGCGACAAACAUUAAAUGCUGAAACGGAUUUUAGCUUUUAGUUAACCUCCCAUAUUCUUUUCUUAUGUACAGUUGAACUUUUAAAAAGUAAAACUACAUUUAGUUUUACAUUUUAUACUCUGAAAAGUUAUGUACAUAAACUCUUAUUAUCCAUCAAUUUAUAGUUUAAUCACAUAUUGGCUAUAAAUGGGUCAAGGACAUAUCGUAAUUAAUCUUAUUGCUGCGAAUAAAGAGUAUAUAUUUUUAUAUA